AGUUCAUUUUCUAGUUCAUUUUCUAGUUCAUUUUCUAGUUCAUUUUCUAGUUCAUUUUCUAGUUCAUUUUCUAGUUCAUUUUCUAGUUCAUUUUCUAGUUCAUUUUCUAGUUCAUUUUCUAGUUCAUUUUCUAGUUCAUUUUCUAGUUCAUUUUCUAGUUCAUUUUCUAGUUCUUCUAGUUCAUUUUCUAGUUCAUUUUCUAGUUCAUUUUCUAGUUCAUUUUCUAGUUCAUUUUCUAGUUCAUUUUCUAGUUCAUUUUCUAGUUCAUUUUCUAGUUCAUUUUCUAGUUCAUUUUCUAGUUCAUUUUCUAGUUCAUUUUCUAGUUCAUUUUCUAGUUCAUUUUCUAGUUCAUUUUCUAGUUCAUUUUCUAGUUCAUUUUCUAGUUCAUUUUCUAGUUCAUUUUCUAGUUCAUUUUCUAGUUCAUUUUCUAGUUCAUUUUCUAGUACAUUUUCUAGUUCAUUUUCUAGUUCAUUUUCUAGUUCAUUUUCUAGUUCAUUUUCUAGUUCAUUUUCUAGUUCAUUUUCUAGUUCAUUUUCUAGUUCAUUUUCUAGUGCAUUUUCUAGUUCGUUUUCUAGUUCAUUUUCUAGUUCAUUUUCUAGUUCAUUUUCUAGUUCAUUUUCUAGUUCAUUUUCUAGUUCAUUUUCUAGUUCAUUUUCUAGUUCAUUUUCUAGUUCAUUUUCUAGUUCAUUUUCUAGUUCAUUUUCUAGUUCAUUUUCUAGUUCAUUUUCUAGUUCAUUUUCUAGUUCAUUUUCUAGUUCAUUUUCUAGUUCAUUUUCUAGUUCAUUUUCUAGUUCAUUUUCUAGUUCAUUUUCUGGUUCAUUUUCUAGUUCAUUUUCUAGUUCAUUUUCUAGUUCAUUUUCUAGUUCAUUUUCUAGUUCAUUUUCUAGUUCAUUUUCUAGUUCAUUUUCUAGUUCAUUUUCUAGUUCAUUUUCUAGUUCAUUUUCUAGUUCAUUUUCUAGUUCAUUUUCUAGUUCAUUUUCUAGUUCAUUUUCUAGUUCAUUUUCUAGUUCAUUUUCUAGUUCAUUUUCUAGUUCAUUUUCUAGUUCAUUUUCUAGUUCAUUUUCUAGUUCAUUUUCUAGUUCAUUUUCUAGUUCAUUUUCUAGUUCAUUUUCUAGUUCAUUUUCUAGUUCAUUUUCUAGUUCAUUUUCUAGUUCAUUUUCUAGUUCAUUUUCUAGUUCAUUUUCUAGUUCAUUUUCUAGUUCAUUUUCUAGUUCAUUUUCUAGUUCAUUUUCUAGUUCAUUUUCUAGUUCAUUU